UUAUAGACUCUAAACAUAGUCAUUCACUCACAACAAAAUCUUCUUCUUCGUUAUUUCUGAUGCUUCCUCCUUAUUUUUAAGAAAAAGUCAAAUUUAUCCCAUUCUUAUUUUUAUAUAUUCCUCCUCAAAUAUCUCUUUCUGUUCCUGCAGCUCCCUGAGACCAACCUGGAAUGAGAAUCUCAGAGAAGCUCAAAUAAAAACCUUUCCCAUAUUUUUCUUCUUUCUUUCUUUCCCUUGUAUUAAAUCUUGUUAAUUUCUUCCAGCUUGGUUUGGAUUUCAAAUUUGAUUGAAUCGGUCUAUAAAUCGUGCAAGAUGGAUUCCGAGUUCUGGACCUCCCGCCUCGCCGCCGCGAAACGUCAGUACACGUUGCAGCACCAUCACCAGAGCUCCCACUUGGAUCGGCUGAGCAUGGAUGAUUUCGAGGUGGAAGACGAGGUCCGACCGGACUUCCCGUGCCCGUAUUGCUACGAGGACUUCGACAUCGCGUCCUUGUGUUCGCACCUGGAGGACGAGCACCCGUGCGAAUCUAGAGUCACCGUUUGUCCGAUUUGCUCAAUUAAAGUUACACGGGACAUGUUAAGUCAUAUUACACUGCAACAUGGGCACUUGUUCAAGUCGCAGAGACGUCGCAGGUUACGUAGGGUUGCUAUUCCUAAUAGUCAAGCACUGUCUCUCCUUGGCCGGGAUCUUCGUGAGGCUCAUCUCCAGGUGCUUUUAGGGAGUGGGGGAUAUCGAUCAGAGAAUGCUAAUGUCACUAAUGCAGCUACUGAUCCAUUCCUGUCAUCACUUAUUUUGAAUUUCCCUGCAUCAGGAGCAGAUGAAAUUUCAAAAUCUGUGGUAACAACUGCUGAGGACACUCCUGCAAAGAAGUUGGCGCCAUCACAUAUUUGGAAAUCAAGUUUUGAUCCUUCCUUGAGUCAUGAAGAGCGGGAGAAAAGGAUACAACAAGCUACGGGGAGAGCUGGUUUUGUGCAAGAUCUGUUUCUCUCUAAAAUGUUAAGUGACUAAUGGAGACAGUAAGUUUUUUCUUAAUAAAAUUGAGUUGCUCAAGAGCAUGUUAAGGGUUACUUUGUUGGGUGGGAUUCUAAUGGUUUUACCUUCUAAAACAACCCAAUAUAUGCCUCCUGUGAGUGCUUGGUUGAAAUAACAUGUCUUUAUUAGCUCCUUUCCUUCAAAGAAACAUUUAUAUUCUUUAGUUGAUGGAAAACAGUAAUUUAACUUAUGAUAGUAUAAGUUGCCAUGUACAUUUAAACUGGUGAAUGUGAUAUAUUUACUGUA